AUGGCUUCAUACAAGCACGCUAUUCUGAUUCUGCUGACGAUCGUUUGGCUUCUUGAAAGAGUGUUUUCUCAUGAAAAUUCGAGCCAUCACAAUCUCUCUGGGAGAAAUCACGAAUUUCAUGUCCACGAUGAAGUUUUUGAUUUAUUUACAAAAGUGCCUGUGGAAAACCAAAGUAAAAAUUUGAAUGCAACGAAAAACCCUGGUUCUGAAAGUAAAACUCAUCAAGCAUCACAGACAGAAAAGAUCGAAGACAACCCAGAUGCUAACAGCACAGAUAAUGAACAAUUAGCGAAAAACAGUAGCAUAAAUGGAACAAAAAGCACAGAAGACGUAUGGGAUUUCUCGAAAAUCUUUGAGUAUUUUCUUUCAUUUAUAUACAAGUUGGACCCAGAGGAAAAUAAUGAAACUUCAGAAAAUUCCAAUGACAUAAAAAAAGACAGUCAGCGGUCCACAUUUAGUAAAAACCAGUUUUCAACAAGCAAUGAGGAAUGCAGAACUGACAGCUGCGACUCUAUUAAAAGAAAAGAAGAUCAUUAUCGAUCUGUUGGUGAGAAUCCUGAUGUAGAUUUUGAUAGUGAUGAUAAAAUUAUUGGCGAAAGUACUCAGAAUCCUCAGCACAUUUCUGAAGAAUCGAAACAAGAUGAGGAAGGAGUGUCAGAGACAAAACUGAAGUCAAUAAGCAAAAGUGAAGAACACUCUCAAUCAGCAGACUCGAAUCCUGAUGUUGCUUUCGACAAGAAUGAUGAAUUAGAAAAAAGAGAGUCACUGGAAGGUGAAAAUGAUCCAGAAAUGACAAGGAAACACGAGGAAAAUAUUUCAGAGAAUAAUCCUGCAUCACAACUUGGAGGUGCAGGUCCCAUCCAAAAAACUGAUCACAAUUCGGAUUUUGUAUUUUCCGGAGAAAGAAAUGACGUUGGAGAACCACAAGAAACUCAAGUGGACGAAAAGUCUUUGUCUGGAAAUACUGCAAAAAAACAAUUUGACGUACAUGAAUCGACAUAUUAUUCUUCCUCAGACAAUGAGAAUGAAGAUUCUGAAGACGAAUUAGAUUCAACUGAAGAAAACGAAUCACAUAGAACUCAGGAAGAUCAAAUAAAAGGAAAUAAUUUUAUGCCGCACGAAAGCGAACUCUAUGACGAAGAGAAGGAACCUAAAGACGGUUCUUCCGACGUUAACGGAAAGGAAAGACUGACAGACAGUAAGGAAAACUCUGAAAGCAAAGCAAACUCAAACAACUUAUUCAAUAGUUCUGAGGAAAAACAAAGUUCUGAGGGAAACAAAAGAAGUUCUGAGGAAAACAAAAGCAGUUCUGAGGAAAACAAAAGAAAUUCUGAUGAAAACAAAAGAAGUUCUGUGGAAAACAAAAGCAGUUCUGAGGAAAACAAAAGAAGUUCCGAGGAAAACAAAAGAAGUUCUGAGGAAAGCAAAAGAAGUUCCGAGGAAAACAAAAGCAGUUCCGAGGAAAACAAAAGAAGUUCUGAGGAAAACAAAAGCAGUUCCAAGGAAAACAAAAGAAGUUCUGAGGAAAACAAAAGUUCUGAGGAAAACAAAAGAAGUUCUGAGGAAAAUAAAAGAAAUUCUGAGGAAAACAAAAGAAAUUCUGAGGAAAACAAAAGAAGUUCUGAGGAAAACAAAAGAAGUUCUGAGGGAAAUGAAAGAAAUUCUGAGGAAAACAAAAGAAACUCCGAGGAAUCUUCUGUGAAACCAAAAGUCAACCCUGAAUUACUUUCAGAGAAUAGUACUGAAACUUCGACGAAACACAAAACAUACAUUGAAACGGAACCAAAAGACGGUGGGGAGAAAGAAUACUACGAAGAAGACAACAUUGAUGAAGAUGAAUAUGAAGAUGAAAAUGAAUAUAAAUAUAAAAAUCAAAAUGAAGAUGAAGGUGAAUAUAAAGAGGAAAAUGAAGAUGACUUAGACGUUAUGUAUUUCGAUGACUUUGUGAAUGAAGACGGUAAUUAUUAUUAUGAUGAAAACUCAGAAUAUAUAUUUCAGGAUUUUGUUCCUCCACAAACGAGUGACGACGAAAUGGGAAAUCCACAAGUCAUUACUGAUGAACCAAAUGAAGAAACAGAUUGUAAUUAUUCCAAUCCUCACAAACCACUGGAGCCGUUCAAUACAAUAUUGGAGUAUUUGUAUAAAUAUUCUAACAAUCCUUUAUUUAUGAGUUUAAAUCAGGAGAACAGCACUGAAGCAGAAAACAGGACCAUGUAAAAUACGCAAUGCAUUUCAUCAACAAAAUUUUAAGUGGGUAAAAGCUAGGUUGAUGAACACAGUCAUGAAAAGGCGAAUGAAUAUGUUUUCAAAGCAAUCUAAAAAGUUCUGAUUUUGCAGUUGACAUUGUUGUUUUUAACUUCUUCACUAAUAAAAUAAUCUUCGUAAAAUUCAUUAAUAAUUACGUAAUCGUUGUUUAUAUAUGUUUAGAUCUGAAUCAA